AUGGUCCCUCCAGAUAAGGGCCCCAUGUUGACGACAUGCGGCCAACACCACAAAGCCACGUCGCGCAGCGGGACCGCGAGCUGUAUAAGGACGUUCCAAGAGAACGUCAAGGCAGGCGCCUCUCCAGAACCUGAUGCACCGGUGCGUAGCGGGAGGACUCGUGGCAAUCCUAGACAGCAAAUAACCAAGGUAUCGGUAGAACGACGCGGACUCGACGAUCGGACGCGUGUGUGGCACAUGUCCCGAGCCGGCGUCGCAUCGCACAUUCAAGCCCACAGGACGACUUUUCCGCGACGAGGAGCCUUUGUAGCUCCAUCAUUAGUUAUCGCGUCGGGAAAGGCAGGACGUAUCACUGUCACGAAGAAAGGAGUGAGUGGAUGGCACGUUCGCAGUCUCGGCAUGGCUGACGCGCGCAGAACACUUUGCGCCCAACGACGCGCUCGAAGCCGACAAAAUGGACCUUCAACACCACCUGUUCCUUCUGACAUUCGAAAGGAGGCUCGGGUUCGCACCCCCCAACGACCUUGA